CAGGGAGCCACGUGCGAGCUCGCUACACCACAGCUUAUAUCACCGCCGCUGUUGAUGGUGAAGCAUGGUCAGAUAACUUCCGUGACUGGCAUGAUGUGGGGGGAAGCCUCCAUCCACACAGUGCGAGUGUCGAGAACUCCGCGUGUCAGGGGGCUGGGCAUGUGCUGGCAGCCCGCCCAUGCCGUGACCACCAUCACGUUAACAACCACCACCACCACCACCACACACGCCGUGACCACCACUACCACCACCACCACACGGGGGAUCUCCAUCGUUGUCUGCACUGCCAUGGCUGCACAGGAGGAGGGAUGGGUGCUCUACUACUGGCCCAAGCUGGCGGGCCGUGCCGAGUUCAUUCGCCUUGUGCUGGAGGAGGCCGGUGAACCUUACACCGAGGUCAACGAUGGCAUUGAGGCCAUGUUCUUUCAGGGCAAGCACCAAGAAUACCCCGCGCUUGCGCCUCCGCUCAUCCGCAAAGGAUCGUUCACGCUGUCGCAGACGCCCGUUAUCUGCCGCUACCUGGGCCGACGCCUGGGCCUGUGGCCGCAGAGCGAGGACGACGAGUGGCACGCGGAUCAGGUCAACGCCACGAUCCACGACUUCAUCUGCGAGGGGCGUCUGGCUUUCCACGGGAAGGACUUCCAUGCUUCGUACUUCACGCAGCAGGAGGAGACCAAGCCGUACAUCGAGAAAUUCGUGAAGGAACGGCUGCUCCGCUUUCUCGGACACUUUGAGGCCACCCUCAAGGCCAACGAUGGAGGCCAAGGGUUCCUGGUGGGCGACUCGCUGACGUACGUGGACUUGGCACUGCUGCACGCCCUGCGUGCCACCGAGGCGCAGUUCCCCGAGGAGUGGGCGGCAGCGGCGGAGGUCACGGCGCUGCUGCGCGCAUUCCAGCAGCGCGUGGCGGCGCGACCUCGCCUCGCCGCCUACUUCCGCUCCGAGCGCUGCAAGCCCUUUGAGGGCAACAGCAUGAUGUAGGUGGGCCGGCGGGGCCCGCGCCUCCAUUGUUCAUGGGGCGUGUGGCCGGUUGGCAUGCGCUCUGGCGCAGUGGCAAUUCAGAGGGUGUCAAUUUUUUCAGAAGGCCGUAAAUUUCGGUGGUGGCGUAUCAAUUUUAAAAUUUCUGAGAAGGCGAUUUAUAAAUUUGGGAAGAAAAAAUGAUGGCGUACGCAUUUUAAAAAUUUGUAAUAAAAUGCAUCUAAAAUGAAA